AUGCCAUCGACUUUCCGGUCAUCGCGUUCUGGGCGUCAGUUCGAUAGCAGUCGCACGCGAACCGGUCAAAUCGACCAUGAUGUCUUCGAAGGAUUGCCUGUUCGACGCUGGUCGCGCCAACCACAUACGCAUUCCCAGGCCCCCAAGACUGAAGACUCCGAGUUUGUCGUGCAGGGCCCCGGUGGCACUGGGAGACUUCCGGAACUGGCCAUGCCACGGGAUAGCCAACUUCUAGGUGCUGGUAGCCGUGCUCUCUUGAGGGCCGCCCGCGCAGGCUGUAUUUACAUCCAUCAGAAUAUCCGCACAUCCGACAAAGAUGAAAAGGAAGCGGGAGAAGGCGACGACGGAGCUACAGGCACUCAUGCAGCAGAACGGAGCUUCGUAAGUCGGAAAUGGUCUACUCUCCCGAAACAGCUGGAGCCUGCGGAUGUGGAGUUCUUGGCCAAACGAAGAUCUGGCUUGCCGUCACUUUACGGAGGUACAGCGACGGUGGAUGGCUCAGGCUCUGGACCUGGUCCAAUGCGCCGCACCAAGUUUCAGAAAACAGAUACAACGACAGGCAAAAUAUCCAUAUACGAAGCAUGGGUACCCGAAGGCCAUCGUAUUGAGGGAGAAAUCACUGGAGAUGUUCAGGCUAUUGCUGGACAGAGUGAUGUGUCCAUUAAUUCUGAGAUGCCAGCCCCGGGGACCGUCGUAGAAGGCGUCGGGAUUGUCAAUUCGGAGGGUGUUGUAAUUGCAGAAGCUGGUUCGGCUUCUGUAAUGACCCCACCUAAACGGCGGCCACCUCCACCCAAACGCAAGGGCAAAGGCAUCGGAAAAGGCAGGAAGAAGAAGGUUAUGUUCGCACCAGGAGAAGGAGCAGAUGCUGCUACUGUCCAUGGCGUUUCUACCGAUACAAACGUUCACACUGGUGGCCCCACAGAAGGUCAGGUAGCUUUGCAGAUGCCGAUUGACCAGUCGGGUCAAGAGGAUGAUGAAGAUGGCGAGGACGGCGAGGACGGCGAGGAUGGCGAGGAUGGCGAGGAUGGCGAGGACGGCGAAGAUAGUGAUGAGGCAGACGAGUCCAUUAUGGAUGCGAAAACUCCAGAAACCCCACAGGCUCCAUAUAUUACCGAGUCCGCAGACCAUCCUGCCGCCGCCAGUACGACCGAGACAAACGACAUCGAAAUGACAGACGUCACUUUUGAGCAACAACCUCCAGUCCCAGUGAACCCCUCUGUGACUAGGCUGGGAGUGGCAUCAGACCCGUCCAGCACGCCAGUGACACAGAUUAAUGAUUCCCAGAACAAACUCGACCCCAAUGAUCCCCCAACGUCUAUAUCUAUUACGGAGACAGUCAAAAUGGCACAUCCUUCCACUGAGCAUGACAGUGAUUCAAAUAAACAGGUUCCCGACAAUUUUGGAUCACAGGAGCUACUCGAUGAAUCCAUAAAGCCCGAAAUUCCAUCUGAAUUGGGGACUGGUGAUGUGCUUGAAGAACAGCCUCGAACCCACAAGCCCCAUAAGUCUACCGAAUCAAGCAAUCUAGAGGCUCCGGCGGCAGAGCCAAUUCAAGAAACGGCUGAUAUUCCAACACUUGAGGCCAAGCAAGAAAUUGAAUCCACUGGCGGAGAUUCACUAGGCUCGGCCUCCGCUGAUCAUGCGAUGCGCGCCGAAGAAGGUCACUCUGUCCAUCCGGAAAUAAGAGGUCUGGAGCCAGAGUUGACUGUGAAUGAAACUACACAUCCAGCUUCAAAUGAGCCUCAAAUAGAAAACACUUUAGCAUCAGAGGCUGGCAAAGACAUAGGAGGGACUUCCGCCAUACUAGAGAAGGAUCAAACGGCUCCAGAGCCAAAAGAAGAGCCAAAAGAAGAGCCAAAAGAAGAGUCAAAAGAAGAGCCAAAAGAAGAUCUACAAUCAAAAGAACCCAUUGAAGUUUCAGGACUCAAUGAAGGAUCUCAGUCGAAUGAGCCUAUUACUGCCAUACAUUCCAAAACACCUCCUUUACUUCCAUCGUUAAUCUCCAUGGAACCUUCGCCAGCCAUUGAUACCUCCGAAUCCUCCGAUCCACCUGCGACUCGGGAACUGAUCCUCGAGGAGAGAAAUUCAACACCUAUUCCCGAUCCAAUUCAGCCCAACUCACCAACCCCUGCCCCAUCUGAACAUGUGGUUAAUACACAAGUCUCUGUUAGUGAUGAAUCUGUGUCUGUGUCCCAAGAGGAGACGAAGGAGACGAAUGAUAUUACCGAGCCAGCUUCUGGUCCAGCUUCAGAGCCUGCAUAA